AUGAGGGGAGUCUGGAGUUAUGGAAUCAAGGAGGACACGAUAGAGAAAGUUUCUCCAGUUACUUCGAGGAUUUGGGGACGGGUUGAUGCCGCUUGGAAUUGGACAAACGAUUCAGGAGAAAGUGUUGCAACGUUCGAAUUCCGAACAGCACCGGUGAAACCGUUUGUUUCUGCGGGCCGGUGUUUGGAAGUAGAUAACAGCGGAGUAGGAACAACAUUGUAGCGAGGAAUUCCACCGCUCAUUCCGGAACCUGAAGACGCACGAAGUUUAGUUCAGAACCUGUUGCUCGCCUGCACUUUGGAUACUAAUUUACUCACCGUGCACAAUCUGCUCGGUUCUAAGAGUGGGCUACAAACACUGGAAAGUUAGAUUUGAUUUAUCUCACUGAGGACUUGUAGCCUAGCCUACUGUCCUGGAGCAAGUUGUAGGCUUUCAUCCAGUGCCAUGCGAGGCACGGUAUUAUCAAAUAUGAGGGAGAGGGAAAGUGUCAGAUUCAAGACAACAGCAUGAUGCCAUAAACACAACAUAACGUCAAUGCCUUCACACGAGUGGAAAAAAAACAUCACUCAAGUAUUGAAUGCAAUUUCACACAAACAUGAGUUCUUCAGGCGGCAGAAAGAUAGAUAGGCUAUAUGUCGAUGUGUUUUACUUAUUAUUUCCAUGGAACUGAAAUUCGGAAAAUAAUUUAGGCAAUUUCCCCGGAGAGAAUUGUUGUUGGGUAGCUUCAUCUUGCGACACGUUGUGAAAAUAGUUACGAUGCUGGUCACUUGGGUCACAUAUAUUCAAGCAUUCCUAAUACUGCUGGUGAAAGGAGCCGACCAAUGGAGCUUCCGGGAGUCCUCUAACUGCGAGCUAAAAAGGAAACAAAGUGAUCUGAACUCUUUCCUGUGGACCAUCAAACGCAACCCUCCGUCCUACUUCUACGGCACGAUCCACGUCCCUUACACACGCGUCUGGGACUUUAUCCCGGAGAACUCCAAGAAGGCUUUCCAGGAGAGCAACAUGGUGUACUUGGAGCUGGAUCUAACUGACCCGUACACCAUCUCAGCCCUGACCAGCUGCCAGCUCCUUCCCCAGGGGGGAACCCUACAGGACGUUCUACCCAGGGACAUCUACAGACGUCUCAAGAGGCACUUGGAGUACGUCAAGCUCAUGAUGCCGUCCUGGAUGACUCCUGACCAGAGGGGUAAAGGUCUCUACGCUGACUACCUGUUUAAUGCGAUAGCGGGGAACUGGGAGAGGAAGAGGCCCGUGUGGGUGAUGUUGAUGGUGAACUCGUUGACGGAGGCGGACGUUAAGACAAGGGGGGUCCCGGUGUUGGAUCUGUACCUGGCCCAGGAGGCAGAGAGGAUGGGGAAGAGGACAGGAGCCGUGGAGAAAGUGGAGGAGCAGUGUCACCCGCUCAACGGACUCAACUUCUCUCAGGUGAGUGUUUGGGGGGGGUCCAUCCCAAAUGACACCCUAUUUUCUACAUAG